GAAAAAGAUAUUGGAUAUUGAGAAAGCCAGUCAUUAGAUGUAUCUUAGCUGACGUGUUAUAACUAGUCACUAUCGAUAGACUGGUUUAAUUCUUACCCGAAUUAUCGUUCUCAGAUCAGAGUAGGCUUCAAUGCCGGUCAGACUAAAGAAUGGUUGAAUGAAGUUCCCCUUAGGCUUUAUUGCUUGGAAGUCUUUUCUUCUUAGUUUAGUAUAAAUAACCUUCUUCAAUAAGUAUCAUCUGAGAUACUGCUUUCUCUGAAUAUCCUAAAAGGUGGAUAGACGUUUUCAGUUAUGGUGGUGAGCGGACAACGGACCUAUCUUCAACACUUAAAACUCUUAAAUGAUCCAGCUGAGACACUUCUCAGAAUGCAUCGAAAAUUUGAGUACUUCCCAUGUGGAUCUGUUUCAGGUUGAAAAUGAUUUGCAAUUGUUUACACCUUAAUGGUCUGAAGUCUUACGCUAUGUUACAAAAAUGCAUUUCAAACUUACCUCGCACUGGGUUAGCACACUCUUCUGUUUAAUGUUUAGAUGUCAACUCUUACUUUGGACUGUACAGCUGUAUUUUCGGAUUCAGUGGAAUACACUUGUGAAACCAUCGGUUCAUGUAUAAAGUCAACGUACGUUCUAAUGGCUAAAUGCGAAGAAUUAUCUAAAUCCAUGUCUCAGCUUGGACCUUUGCAGAAAGAAAUAGAAAGUAUAAAACGGACUUUAAGUAAAUUUGAGGAAGCGUUAAACACGCCUUUGAAGUGAUGAGAAAAUAAAGCAUCCUGAGAAACAUUUUUGUUUCGUAAAAUUGUAAAAUACCAGUCUUCAUGUACAUAGCGUGUAUAUUAUGUUAUUGAACUACUAUCAUUACACUCACCACAGCUAUUAUGUCUAUAUAAUAUGUAUUCAUAUUAAUUAAUAUAUCUUUAACUUUAAAA